ACAAUCGUCAUCGUCGUGGUCGUGGUCGUCGUCGUCGUCAUCAUCGUCAUGGGCAACCAAUGCUGCAACAAACGUCAGGAUCCGGAAAUGGCAUUGGCCUAUCCCACAGGCGGCUAUAAAAAAUCUGACUACACUUUCGGCCAGACUCACAUUAACAGUAGCGGCAGCGGCAACAUGGGCUCGGCCCUAGGUCAAAAGCAUAACAAUGGCGGUUCACUGGACUCGCGAUAUACACCGGAUCCGAAUCGUGGUCCAUUAAAGAUUGGCGCCAAGGGCGGCGUUGACAUCAUCAGGCCUCGCACCACCCCAACCGGCGUACCUGGUGGCCUGCCCAAGCGUCGUGUAGUUGUUGCUCUAUAUGAUUAUAAAUCGCGCGAUGAAUCCGAUUUAAGCUUCAUGAAGGGUGACCGCAUGGAGGUCAUAGAUGACACCGAGUCUGACUGGUGGCGCGUUGUCAAUCUGAGCACACGCCAAGAGGGUCUUAUUCCUCUAAACUUUGUGGCAGAAGAGCGCAGCGUCAACAGUGAAGACUGGUUCUUUGAGAACGUUUUGCGUAAGGAAGCGGAUAAACUGCUGCUGGCCGAGGAGAAUCCACGAGGCACUUUCCUUGUCCGACCCUCCGAACACAAUCCCAAUGGCUACUCAUUGUCGGUCAAGGACUGGGAGGACGGCCGCGGUUAUCAUGUCAAACACUAUCGCAUCAAACCAUUGGACAAUGGCGGAUAUUAUAUUGCUACAAAUCAAACGUUUCCAUCACUUCAAGCCUUGGUCAUGGCCUACAGCAAAAACGCCCUUGGGCUGUGCCACAUAUUAUCGCGUCCCUGUCCCAAACCGCAGCCACAGAUGUGGGAUCUGGGACCAGAACUGCGCGAUAAAUAUGAAAUCCCACGUUCCGAAAUUCAAUUGGUGCGCAAAUUGGGUCGCGGUAAUUUUGGCGAAGUGUUCUAUGGCAAGUGGCGCAAUAGCAUCGAUGUUGCCGUAAAGACACUGCGGGAGGGUACCAUGUCCACAGCUGCCUUCCUCCAGGAGGCUGCCAUCAUGAAGAAGUUUCGCCACAAUCGCCUGGUGGCUCUCUAUGCCGUAUGCUCACAGGAGGAACCCAUCUACAUAGUGCAAGAGUACAUGUCGAAGGGCAGUUUAUUAGAUUUCUUGCGCGAAGGCGAUGGCCGUUAUUUACAUUUCGAGGAUCUCAUCUAUAUAGCCACCCAAGUGGCCAGCGGCAUGGAGUAUUUGGAAUCGAAGCAGCUCAUUCAUCGCGAUUUGGCGGCACGCAAUGUUCUGAUUGGCGAAAAUAAUGUGGCAAAGAUAUGUGAUUUUGGUCUGGCACGUGUCAUAGCCGAUGAUGAAUAUUGCCCCAAGCAAGGAUCACGCUUCCCAGUCAAGUGGACAGCCCCCGAGGCAAUAAUCUAUGGAAAGUUUUCCAUUAAAUCGGAUGUCUGGUCCUAUGGCAUCCUACUGAUGGAACUAUUUACAUAUGGACAGGUGCCCUACCCGGGCAUGCAUAGUCGCGAGGUGAUUGAGAACAUCGAGCGCGGUUUCCGCAUGCCAAAGCCGACAAAUCAUUAUUUCCCUGAUAAUAUCUAUCAGCUGCUCUUACAAUGCUGGGAUGCUGUGCCCGAGAAGAGGCCGACAUUUGAGUUCUUGAAUCAUUACUUUGAAUCCUUUUCGGUUACGUCUGAAGUGCCAUACCGAGAAGUGCAGGACUAAAUGGCAACAACUGCAGCAUCAGUAGUAGCAACAGCAUUAUCUUUACCAACCACACAUACACACACACACCAUACACUCCCUACACACGUUCGAUAUAUAGAUAUAUUUCUGGUAUAUAACGUUAUAUGUAUGCAAAUAAAUGCAUACAUAUUUCUAUAUGUAUUGAUAUGUAUAUAUAUAUACAUAUAUAAAUACAUAUAUAUAUAUAUACAUAUACAUAUAUAUAUAUAAUUCGUAAGACUUUUUUUUAAAAGCCCCCUCCACCUCCCCACACACACACACACACACAUUUACAUACAAACGAUGGGAAAAGAAACAACAAUUUUAUAUUUUACACGCAAAACUAAUUUUAUAAUUUAUAUACCUAACUUGUAUGUACUAUGAAAAUAGCAAGUAUUUAAUUAGUUUUGUAAGCUUAAAAACAAAAACCACAAAAAAAAAAAACCAACAAGAAAGAGAUACAAGAAGAGCAGAAAAACAAGCUGAUAAGAAGGCAAAACAAGCAAACGAAAAGGAAUGAAGAAAGAACAUGAAAUGACGAAAUCUAUAAUGCUAGUUUAAUCGGUGCUUAGGUUAAACAUUCGAUUUCUCUUAUUCUCCUCUAUAUCUAUCUCUUUCACUCUGCUGAAUUGUUUUUCUCAAUAUAUAUAUAUAUAUAUAUAUAUAUUCUUUCCAAAUACCCAAGUAUUGUUUUUAGAAUUCAAUCAAAACUAAAAAAGAAAACAAAACAGAAAAAAACAAAAAAACAAAACAAAAAACACCAAAUGUAGUUGAAAUAUUAUCUAAAUCGCGAAACUCCAAAAAUGGCAUUUACUUAUAAGGUGCGCGAACGAUUCGCCACGCCCCUUCUAUUUCUACUCUCCAUCUACUUCCAACCAACUCAAAUUCAAGUUUUUCCUUUGCUUCUACCGGAAAAUGUAGACGCUUAUUUAUACAAAUUAUGAGAAACGAGAAAAAAAUUCAGUAAUUGGCAAAGAAAUUUUUUUUUGUACAAAUCUUUGCAACGUUUUGUUGAUUCUUUUCUUUUUUUUCUGUUUCUUUUUCCAAUGAUUUAUAUUUUCUUUUAUGUUUAUAGUAGAUUUAUUGUUUAUGUAAAUUUAAGCACAAUCAAAAUUGAAAUUAUUCAUAAAACGUAAACUUUCAAACAAACACACACAACAAAACAAAAAGAUGCAAAGCAAUCGAAGAAGAAAAAAUAUAGGAGAUCAUUUUCAAAUCAACACUUAA